GCUUUUGAAAUUCGCCACAAGGCGUCGCCCACUUUGCGGUUCCUCGCCAAUGGUUGUUGCCUGGUGUAAAAAUAAGUUUUCAUCAUGGACGUUGACAUGUACGAUAUGCAAUUUUGAGGUCCAUUGACUAAAAUUGUUUUAUUUGUUUUACCUUCUACUAAUGCGUAUAAUUAAUUAAUAAUAAUAAACAAUGGAUUUUGGCCAGCUACUACACACAGCACAGAAAAAUGAAAAAUCAAAGGAUCAGAGGGUCAGGUAUUAUAGCACCAAAUUUGAACCUCCCAAAAAAGAAAAGAAAUCCGAGAGACAACUUUCAGAUAAUAUAAAAAAAUUUUUGGCCAAGAAGGAGGCUGAAGAAAAACAAAAAGCUGAGGAAGCCAGAAAAAAGCGAGAUGAAUUGCUUGCUCUUCGAUCUCAGGACAAGAAAGCGACCAAACGAGUGAAUGUUAUGCUUAAAAGGACCAAAUCUGCCAAUCAAUCUGUUAUUGAAGAUGCCAUUGAUAAUGAUAACACUGCUGUCACCCUUGCUGGCCCCAUGCAACCUGAUGAAGAUGAUUACGGUUACGUGUCUCAAGAGGCAUCACAGUAUUAUACUAAAAUGAUGGAAAAGUAUAGUAAAAUGCCAGAAGAACCACCGAAAUUUGACAUGUCCAAGAAAACUGUUAGUACUAAUUUAGGAAGUACUAAAGAUAGGGUAAAAGCUGCCUUAGACAGAGAAAGGGAAGAAGCCUUAUUGCCACACAAAAGAAAAAGAAAGCAUAAGGAGAAAAAGGAUGAUGCUGAUGAAGAAGGAAUUAGUUACGAUGCUCCAGAUAGAUCUGUUGAUGAACCAAAAAGUUCUUCCGAUAAAUCUGACAGAGAGAAGAUGCCACCACCUCCUAAGCCCAAACCAAAACCAGCUCCGCCACCAAUGAACUUUGCAGAUAUUCUUAAAAUAGCAGCGCAAAAACAGCAUGAACCAGUAAUAAUAGAGAAAAAAGAAAAAGAAGAAGAAAAGCCUUUAACUAAAAAGCAAAGGAAAGAGAUGGAACGUGAAAAAGAAUCUCAGAUGAGAAGGGAAGAAAGACGUCGUCAAGAGAUUAUGUAUAGUAAAUUAGCGAAAGCAAGACAAAAGGAAGAAAAAGAAAAAGAAAAAUUAGGCAAAUCAGAUGCUAGUGCCAAAGCUUCAGAAAAACAAAAACCACAGAAGAAUGAUGAAUCGAGUGAAAGUAGUAAAAAGUCUAGCAGUAAAAAUAGAGAUAGUGAUAAAACUGAGGGCAAGCCAAGUAGUAGUGGUAGAGAGAAACCAGAAAAACCAAAACCAAAAAGUUUGUUGAGUGCUUUUAAAAGUAGACCUAAAGACGAAGAAGAUCCAUUCCUGGAGGAAAGCAAACCUGGAAGAAAAUAUUUACCAGGGGAUAUGCGGUACAAGCCUGAUCAAGACACAAAAACACCAGCACCUAAAAAGGAGCCAGAACCAGCGAAGAAAGUUUCAUUCAAAACUCCUUCUAAUAAUAAUAAUAUAAACAAAAUGCCACCUGCUAUUACUAAUUCCAAUACACAAAUUAAAAAAGCGGCACCUAGUGAUCCAAAAAUUUCGAGAGGGCCUUUGGCUGCUAAAGGAAGUAUGCCUCAAAAGAAACUAGCGGUAGAGCCCAAAUCGAAGAAAUUUCCACCAGAGGAUGUUAGGCGAAAAUUACCUCCGAAAUUACCUCCAAAACAGUUUCCACCGCCUGACGUCAGGAGAAGUGGUAGUUCCAAAAUGCCUGUCGCAAAAGGUGGUCGAAGAAUAUUGGACGAUGACGACGACGAAGACGAAUAUGAUUCAGACAUGGACGAUUUCAUCGAUGACGACGAUGCAGAAGCCGAUAUAUCUUCGCACAUCGCUGAAAUUUUCGGCUACGAUAGAAAACGAUAUAGAGACGUUGAUGAUGAUGUCGACGAUAUGGAAACUUCAUUUGCGCAACAGAUGAAAGAAGAAGUUAUCAGUACCAAAAUAGGUAUUAUGGAGGAUCUCGAAGAAGAAAAGAAAGAGGAAGAAGCAAAGCGAAGAAAGAUGUUAAUGAAAAAGAAAAUGAGAGCCUCAUGAUUUUUAAUGUUCGUAUUAGAUUUUUGUACAUUUUAUAGCACAUAAAUUCGGUAUUUAAUUUAUUGAUGUUGGGAUGUGCAUAAAUGACAUUUUCACUUUAUAAAUAAUUUGUGAGGUCUCAGUAACUAAAUGAUCAGAAUAUUUGUCUAAGGUUUGAUAUGUACGGUGAUAUUAAAGGGAACGGAGCAAAAUGCAAAAUUUUGACGCAUGUCAAAAUUUUCAAUGUGUUUUAAAUGUAUUCAUUUUUUUUCGAAUCCUGAGAAAACUAAUAAAUAUUUUUGAAAAAUUUAAACGCAGAACGAAAGAUUACAUUAUUACAGAGGGCCGAAAGUCCCUGAAAACUUCUAUAAUGUUUAUUUUAAUAAGUUACAGGGGUGAGAAUAAAUGAGAAAAUUUAGUGUGAUAUUUAAUUGCAAAGAUUUCAUUCAAAAUAAACUUUUUAUUUCUAAGGGACUUUCGGUCCUCGGUAAUAAAGUAGUGUCUCAUUCUGCGUUUAGAUUUUUCAAAAAUACUUAUUAGUUUUCUCAGGAUUAAUAAAAAUGAAUACAUUUAAAACACAUUGAAAAUUUUGACAUGCGUCACAAUUUUGCAUUUUGCUUCGUUCCCCUUAAUGAUUAAAUUUCUCAUACACACAUGUAUUAAUGAAGAUGACCAUUUUCGAUUAACUGCCACGUAAAGUUGUCUAUAUUCUUUAUCACUUCUUGAGCAAAAUUUUAUUGUAUAAAUUUUCGCUGUAAUAUACAAAGUUACUUCUGAUCCUGUAACAUCUGAUAAAUGCAACAUUGUGAAAGAGGAAAUUGUUAUUUUAUUACUGAUUUGCAAAUAAAAAACGCAAAAGCAUAAUAUGUAAUUAAAAAACAAUGGAUUUAUCACCAUCGUGUUCGAGUUCAUCUUCUGGCGAGUUUGAAGAUGUAAUACAUGUUACCAAAUAUAAGAUAUGUGGGAGAUCACAAUGGAUUGUGUUUUUAAGUAGAAUGAAGUAGAUUUUAAAGCAAGUGUAUAAGUAUAACACUAUUUAUCUGAAUGACUAGAAAUUAAUUUUUAAUUAUUUUUAUCGAUUAAAAGAAAACCGUGCUGGUUCGAUUCAAUGACAUAAAUAUAUGGUGCUUCUCAGAGUCGUAAAUCAAUCGUGUUUAUUGCAUUUAUAAAAAGGUAUGUUCUUUGAUUUGUAUAGUCGUAUAUAUUGUACAGAUUAUAGUCGUAUAGAUAAUACGUAAAUCUUUUUUUUAUUAUAGCACCAUCUAUCAACAACUACUAGAUUAAAUGUUAUAAAUGAGUAUAAUCACCGAUGUACCUUUUUUUCUGUCACUCCCAACUUAAUGCAUUAGAAAGAAAUCGAAAAACCGUGACGCACUGAAGAAAACCUCUGAGAUGCACCAUAUGUAUUUACAUUAUUGGUUCAAUUGGCAAUUAAAUUUCGUAACAUAACCUCACAAAACUUUUUUUGACAAUCUUCUUCGACAGACCACACUCGGAUUCGAAUUAAAUAAUCAGGGCCUGGAUUCCGUGCACUGUAGAUAUCUACAGUCGCCUUCUAUCGAUGUCAAUUGUCAUGAAAAUAUUUGAAUUUUUAGCUUUAAUUGAAUUAUUUUCUAGUUUUGCUAGGUUAUACUCUAAUUGAUGCUGAGUGACACUUAGUAAAACAAGAAAAUAUUUGAAUUAAAACUAAAAAUUCAAAUAUUUUCAUGACAAUUGCCAUCGACAGAAAGCGACUGUAGAUAUCUACAGUGCACGGAAUCUAGGCCCUGUACCUACUAAUACGAUGUUGCCACUUAUAUAUCGUCGGUUUGUAAACCAAUAGUUUUUUAGAAUGACGCAACUCGUUUUAAAAAUAACUGUUGAUCAUUGUAUCAUUAUUAUUGUGUAAAUUUUUGUUGUCGCAAUGAAGUAAUUGCACAUUUUUAUUUUCUCUUCUAUUUUAAUUUUUAACUCUGAAUAUUUGGCAAUUAAUGUCACUAAAAGUAGAACCCAUGAGCUGAAUAAUUAACGAUUUACGUUCUAGUGCAAAUGUUUGUUUCUUGUGAUCUAUUAAAGAUUGUUUCAAUUUUGCCCUGAAAAAUUUAUUUUCGACCGGACUUUCUUCCGGAAAUCUGUUGGUUAUUAAAAAAUACUUCGUAAUACAUUCCUUACCAGUUUAUGUAUAAAUAGUAACAAAAUAAUUCCAUAAUGACCAAUGCGUCGCUCAAUCAGUUACCAUAUCAAUGCAUUACAUAUCACUUUUUUUUUAAUCUAUAAAUAUUACAGAAUGUUUUUAAUUUUUACUGAAUAAGAAUAUGUAUCUUAACUAUCAUAGUUAACCGCCUCGGUAGCGCAGUUUGCAGAGCUGUUUCGCUCGGUUGGUCGCGGGUUCGAAUUUAGCUGAACACGAGAAUUUUGAGAAUAAAUAAAAUAGUUAUUUAUGUACCAAGUCAGUAAAGUAACUCUUUGUCGAACGAGUCUGGUAUUACGAACAGAGUGAGCGAGGCGAGUAACAGACGAGUUCGAUAAAGAGUCGUUACUGACUUGGUGCAUACAAAAUUUUGUCGCCAGUCAUAAAAAUUUUUCUAAAGUUUUUCUUCUUUCAGUACAAUAAAGUGUUACUUUACUGCCGCAAAUAAGUACAGUAAUUAUGUAUAGCUUUAGUUCAGUUAUUUAUGUAUUAAGUCAGUCAAGUGACUCUUUAUCGAACAAAUCUGAUAUUACGAGCGAAGCGAGCGAGGCGAGUAACAUACGAGUUCGAUAAAGAGUCUUUACUGACGUGGUGCAUACAAAAUUUUAUCGCCAACCAUGAAAACAUUAACAAAUAGUCAUAUUUUGUUUUAUCUUUUUAAAUAAAAGUUUCAUAUGACAGUGAUGACAGAUGACUUUUUCAUGAUGGCCGAUUUCGAUUUUCAAUCCGUAGUUAUCAAUAUUAAAUAAUUACUAAAUCGGUAAAGUUUUGAUUUAUUUUAUAUGGAUAUAAUUACAAAAUAUUACAGAAUUCCACAUUUGACAUAAAUUUAACUAAGAAUAACGUAAAUUUUGUACAAUAUUUUUAAUAAGUAAAAUAAGUAGGUUUUAAGUUCACUCAAAUAAUAAUAAUCUGUUACUGCCAUCGACCACUUACAUUAAAUCUAGGUUAACUAGAUUAAUAUUUGCGGCCAUUUGCGACAAAUAAGGUUCUUCUUCUUUCGGUACAAUAAAGUGUUACUUUACUGCCGCAAAUGAGUACAAUAAUGAAUGACUUUAGUGACGGUUGGCGAUAAAAUUACUUUUUAUGUCCGUCGGAUCGCUACUACUCCGCCGUAAAGAAAGUCAAGCAGACUUUACAUAGUAACAAGGCAUCUGUUAUAGUUGUCUGAAUAGUUGUGUCGUCAGGAUGUGCCCGCUGUAAUAAAUUUUCUCCAAACAAGAUUUUUUUAUCCAUCAGCUUUUCAGCAUAUAUGUUGUUGUGGCCAGGUGUUUUGCCAUUUUUAAGAUGUGUCCUGGCAUAUUCCACUUGGACACAGGCCCACCCAUACUGAUUCAAGCGUAGUUGGCCCUAUUAGAAUUGUUCUUGUAGUAUCACUGUUGUUUUUUUUUUCUAUUUGAAGAUUGUCAUUAAUUCUUAUAUGUAGUUCUUCACAGCUAAUAAGUGUGGCACAGCUCUUGAGGAUCGAUUAUAACUCUUGCCGUAACUGUUGCCGUUACCAUUUGAAUUUAUGCUUUUUGUUCUAAACGUCCGGACGCGUCCAUGUGAUUUCUUUUAUUUUGUUUUUGAAAAGUGUGCGAGUUAUUUCUGCUUUCUCGAAUUUAUCAACCAGCUUGUAAACUUCCAAAGUUCUUCUUCUUCUUCCUACUUUAUAAAUAGGCUCAAUGCCUGUUUAUCUUCUUCCAUUUGGCGAUUUGUCUCUUGUUAUUCUUACUAUUAUAUUUUAUGACAUUCUUUCUAUGUGUUUAUUCCAUUCUAUUUUUCUUCUUUUGGUCCACAUGCUUAUUUCUUCUAUACCACAUCUCGUUCGUAUUUCCUCACUCCUUACUCUGUUUUUUAUACUAUGGUUUUGUUAUUUUACGUAAGACUUUCAUUUCUCCUGUUUCUAGCAGUCUUUGUGUUUUCGCCCUAUCUGCUCUUGUUUCCGCUGUAUACGUCAUUAUCCGUCUUAUUCUUGAUUUAUAUAUCCUGGUUUUCGUUUCCGUUGUGAGGUAUUUGUUUCUCCAGAUUGUGUUGUUGAGACAUCCUGCUGCUCUGUUCGCCAUGUUUCUCUUGUUUUUGUUCUAUUAUUUGUUAUUUACGACCAGUUUAUAUCGUCUCGUCUCAAAUACAGGUUCCGCUGAUAUCACUAUUGAUUUAGUUUUCUCUGUUGAUAUCGCCAUGUUGUAUAUGAGCGCCGUGUCUUCGAAUUCUUUAAUUAAUCUUUGUAGGUCAUCUUCAUUUUCGGCUGUUAUUAGGGCGUCGUCGGAGUAGCAUAUUAUCUUUAUUUCCUUUUUCCCCAUUCUAUAUCCUCUUUUUUAACUUUCUUUAUGAUUUCAUCCAUUAUCAGAUUAAAUAUUAAUGGGCUCAGCGAAUCUCCUUGUCUAAUGCCAGUUUCAUACUUAAUAGGUUGCGAUAGUUUUUUUUACAUCUUACAAUAGUUAUGUUAUUUUUAUAUACAGUAUGGUGCAAAUGAAAGGAAUAAAUUCGUUAUUUCCUAAACCGGCGACUUCACGGAAAAAUCUCGAAACAGGUCGAUUUUUAUUUUUAGAUUAUGAUAUUUUACCAUAAAUAUCACGCGCGUGACGUCAUCUAUCUGGGCGUGAUGACGUAAUCGAUAAUUUUUUUAAAUGAGAAUAGGAGUCGUCUGCCAGCUCAUUUGAAAGGUUAUUCAAUUCUCUAUUCAGUAAUGUAAACAUUAACAUAGUUAUUUAUACAGGGUGUCCAAAAACAAUUUUUUAAAUUAAAUUGUCAAAAAAAGAAGAAUGUAUGUAAUUUAUUUAAUACAGAAUACUUUUUACUGUUAUCAGAAAACAGAAAAAAAAAUGUUUAUUUGAAAAAUAAACAUUGCUUUUCGCUAAAUUCAAUUUCAAGCUAGCUCCCGCUGGGUACCUGCUUUUUGGAAGUUUGAACAAAGCGAAAAGCAAUGUUAAUUUUUCGAAUAAACAUUUUUUUUUCUGUUUUCUGACAAUAGUAAAUGUAUUUUGAAUUAAAUAAAUUACAUACAUUCUUCUUUUUUUGUCAAUUAAUUUAAUAUAAAAAAAAUGUUUUUGGACACCCUGUAUAAAUAACGAUUUGAUUGUUUAUAUUACUGAAUAGAGAAUUGAAUAACCUUUCAAAUGAGCUAGCAUACGACCCCUAUUCUCAUUUAAAAAUCAUCGAUUACGUCAUCACGCCCAGACGGAUGACGUCACUUGUGUGAUAUAUAUGCCAAAAUAUCACAAUUUAAAAAUAAAAAUCGACCUGUUUCGUGAUCAUUAUCCCUUAAAUUCUCCAGCUUACGAAAUAACGAAUUUAUUCCUUUCAUUUUCACCAUACUGUAUAUUCUCAAUGGUUUUUCCUAAAUCCAGUUAUAUUCCCUUUUCGUAUAAUAAAUGUAUCGCGUCCGAAUUAUCACUUUAUCAAACGCUUUCUCCAAAUCUAUCAGGCAAAUAUAUGUUGGUUUGUUGUAUUCCAGCGACUUUUCUUUUAUUUGUCUUUCCACAAAAACUGCAUCCGUGCAUGGUCUUCCGUCCGAAAUCCUUGCUGUUCCUCUUGCAGAGAACUUUAACAGUUAAUUGUUUCAAAUCCUGAGGAUGCUGGAUAAACGACACACUAAAGCCUGAUGAAGAAAUUAAAACUCCUAUACUCCUAAAACUUUGACCUAUACUCUGAAAUUUUCAGCGGAACCUACAACUAAGAAUUAAGUUAAUAAAACGUAUUCUGUAUACUAUACGGAAACCUGGAUCGUGAAAGUUAAUAUUAUCAAUAAGUUAGAGGCCUUCGAGACUUGGUCUAAUCGUAGAAUGCUCAAAAUAUCAUGAGUUCAAUGCGUUGCAAACAUAUAAGUAUUAAUCAGAGGUCAAGGCGAAUAGGCCUGACAUGGGCCUUUGGAAAAGUAUUUGGAAAACUAAGCCAUAUUCUAAAAAGUGCAAUUCCCAUGUCUCUCAAGCCAAACGUUUACCAAUGCGUUUUGCCUGUACAAACUUAUGGAGCAAAUAAUUUAUAACAUUGACGCAAAAAUCCGUAAAUAAACUCAUGAGUUACACAACGAGCCAUGUGAACGUGUAAUGAUGGACGUACGCCUUAGAGGCCACAUAACAAACCAACAAAUCAGGCAAAGAUCAGGAGUAAGACGUUAUCGAAAUAAUCACGAUGCUUAAGUGGGACUGGGCAGGGUACUUAGAUAGAAUACAAGAUGGAUGGUGGACAAGACGAAUCAUGGAUGGAGGCCCAAAAAUUAUAAAAGAAGCCGACGGCGACCACCGACUAGAUGGACUGACGACAUAAAAAGAGUAACGGGAAACUGGCUACAAGCUUCCCAGUGUAGAGAACACUGGAAAUAAUUGGGAGACCUAUGUCCAGCAGGGGACUCGAUUGGAUUAUUGAUGAUGAUGUCAAGGCGAAAAUGACUUAAUAAAAAUGAUAAAAAGGAGAAAACUUAAAUACUCGGUUCAUAUAUUGAAAAGUAGCAGAUACUGGAUACUGCAAUUAAUACUGAACGGGAAGAUAGAUAGAAGCGAGGAAUUUGUAGGAAGAAAUCUGUGGUGCUAAGGCAAAACCCGAUAUGUCAAUAAACGUGAUUUUGCAGCAGAUGAGUUUAAAAGUUCGCAGUGUUGUUGUAAUAGUGGACAUAUCGGAAACUAAUUUUAUCAUAUACUGGUUACAUGGAUGCGUUUAGCCAUGUAGGGUUUUGUCAUCAUAUUCUUCAUCACUCAAUGUACAUAUUGGCAUUAAAAACGAAAUAUCGAUAAUUUUUGACAUAUCGGGUUUUGCCUUAGUACCACAGAAAUAUUCGUGGCGCUGAAACCUUCGUCCAUGCACUGACUUAUCAGCAUAUCAUUUGUUCCAUGCUGCACAAGAUCGAGAAAAAUAUCUGCAAAUUGUCAUAGAGGCUACUAAAUAAAAUCAUUUGUAACGUUUUUUUUUAACACUGACAGCUAUUUUUAAAAUUUUGUAAUAGGUACCAUUUUUGUUGAUAGUAAACUGUCCAUGUUGUCGGAAAAUGUUGCCAACCUCAAACUUCUUUUAAGUUAAGGAAUAAACCAAUGUUGCCAUAUAUAUAACUAUGAAAAUUUGAUGUAUUUUAAGUUUGUUUAAGUGCUCAACUAUACUUACAUUAAGAAUUUUAUUUAGCUCUUAUCAAAUAUACUAGAAAACUCAAUAUUUAGGCUAUAUUUUAAGCGUCUAAGUAAAAACUACUGUUUUAAAUCAACAAAUGUUUAUAUUGUAUUUGACUGCGUGAUCAGACCCUCAAAAAUAUAAAGUGAAAAUGUUAACAAAUGACUUUUUUAAAUUUAUUUUUUUUGUUUGCAUGUUAUAACUCCAAAGUGUUAUUUAAAAAAAAAAGAAGCAACGUGACAAUUAUGUUCCAAAGUAUAAUUACCGUAAAAUUAAGGAGAUUUUAGAAGUUAUACAUUAAUUUUAUUACAUUCUGGGCAAACGUUACAUGUAUGGAGUUAUCCAGUAUAAUUUUGUGAUAGGCCGUAUUGUCAAAUAUUUAUAAAUAUAUAUUAUAUAUUGUUAAAAUAUAUUUCUUCAAAAAUUAUUAAAA